AUGGCUUCCUAUUAUAUGGAUGGAGAAGCUCUUGUGUGGUACCAAGAGGCAUUGGAAGGAGGUCAGUUUCGAGAUUGGGAUACCUUUGCAAGGUCUUUGCUAAUUCGGUUUGGACCAACAGCUUAUGAUGACCCCAUGGAGGCACUGACUCGUUUGAAACAAACAGGUUCUAUAGCUAUUUAUCAAGCACAGUUUGAGGCCCUUUCUAAUCGGUUAAGGGGAUUAUCCGAUGUGCACAAGCUGAAUUGUUUCCUAAGUGGGUUGAAAGAUGAGAUCCGUCUUCCUAUCCGCAUGUUCAACCCGGUUAGUUUAAGUGCUGCGUACACAUUGGCUAAAAUACAAGAAGAAUACCUUGCAAGUUCCAAGAAAACCAGCAAGGUGGGGGUAGAUAAAAUCAGUCCAAUGGUAGGAGGAAGUUACAGCCGUGGACCAUAUUCGGGGGAAGGAAACAGCACUAAAUGGCAAAACCCGUGGGGGGGAACGAGGAAGGUUUCGUCCAUUCAAAUGAAUGAAAAGAGAAAAAAAGGGUUAUGCUACCACUGUGAUGAGAAAUGGAACCCACAGCACACAUGCAAGAAUCCUAGAAUCUACUUGAUGCAAGUGGAUGAAGAUUUACCUGAAGCUGAAAAAGAACCAGUAGUGGUAGAGAUCACUGAAGAUGAAAUAGUAGGAGUGGCUGAGACUAGUGUGGAAGCACCUGAAAUUUCUCUAGCAGCCAUUACAGGAACACCCACCAUGAGUACCAUGUGUUUACUAGGAACUUUGAUGGGAGAACCUGUCGUAAUCUUAGUGGACUCGAGGAGCUCACAUAACUUUGUGGAGUCCACUUUGAUAACUAGGUUGAAGCUGCCUAUUGAUGCUUCCAGCAACUUGAAUGUAAGGGUGGCCAAUGGACAGAGUUUGAGGAGCGGUGGGGUAUGCAAGGAAGUGAGGUUAAAAGUGCAAGGUAUGGUGUUCCAACCUUCUCUUCAUUUAUUAAAUCCUGCUGGUUGUGAUAUUGUGUUGGGCAUUCAAUGGCUGGUUACUUUAGACACUAUAACGUGGAAUUUUUCUAAGUUACUGAUGGGUUUUACAUAUGGAGGAAAAAGUGUGGAAUUGAAGGGGUUAAAAUUAAACCCAUCUGUGAUAGAAGAUGGACACAAGCUGCUCAAGACCACCAUGGCUAAGAGUAGGGGAAUUUUGUUACAAAUCAUGGCCCAAGAAGUAAAAGAGCAAAAAGAAGAAGUGUUAGAUCCUGAAGUUACCAAACUGUUGGCUGAGUUGGGAGGGGUUUUUAAGGAACCUGAGGGGUUACCACCACCCAGAAAAUAUGACCAUAAAAUUGUCCUCAAUGAGGGCACUCAACCCAUUGCUAAUAGGCCAUACCGAUACCCUGCUAAUAGGCCAUACCGAUACCCUUAUUACCAAAAAACUGAAAUAGAAAAGAUUGUUGCAGAGUUGUUAAAAUCUGGAGUUGUAAGACCAAGUAUGAGCCCUUUUUCAUCUCCUGUUUUACUAGUAAGAAAGGCCGAUGGGAGUUGGAGGCUUUGUGUGGAUUACCGGGCACUUAAUAAAGAAACCGUGAAGGUAAAAUUUCUCAUUCCUAUGAUUGAUGAACUGUUGGAUGAGUUGGCUGGUUCAGUAGUGUUUUCUAAGCUUGAUUUAAGGUCCGGAUACCACCAAGUGAGAGUGGCAGUGGAUGACAUUCCCAAAACAGCUUUUCAAACACAUGAAGGGCAUUACGAGUUCUUGAUAAUGCCCUUUGGUUUAACUAAUGCCCCGGCCACGUUUCAAGGGUUGAUGAAUGAUGUGUUCAAACCUUUUUUGAAGAAAUUUGUGCUUGUUUUUUUUUAUGAUAUAUUGGUGUACAGCCGGUCUCGAAGGGAACAUUUUAACCAUUUGAAACAGGUGUUAUCACUGCUGGAACAGAAUUCAUUGUUUGCUAAGAGGUCCAAGUGCAUGUUUGGUGGGAGAAAUUGA